AUGUUGCAAUCAACCCUCGUCCUGAUUCCGGCCCUCUUGGCCUCUCUGGCCCUUGCCCGCACCGACAUUUCCGGCUGCACCACCACUAUCCAAGGUCAAAUGGCCAUCUACUACGUCCCCGACACCGGUGAACUCUGCGAGUUCCUCAACUGCGGUGGCGGCCGCGCCCCGCCCAAGACCGACGUCCCGGGCUGCCCACUCUACUCCGGCACCGCGACUUACUCUCCUCAGUACCUCGCCGGCUUUGUCCCCAAGACUACCGCCGCCGCGUCCACCCCGACCUCCACCGCCGCUGCCGCCGUUGUCGCCGCUCCUCAGACCACCGCCGCUCCUCAGACCACCGCCGCUCCCUCCACCGAUGCUCCCGUUCAGCAAGCCGCCGCUCCCUCCACCGCCGCCGACCAGGCCACCACCGACUCUGCUCCGGCUCCCACCGACGGCGCGCAGGUCGCCUCUGCCGCCUCCACUGUGACCAGCAACGGCCCAGCUCUCUCCACUGCCAGCCCAACCAAGGCUGGCGGUGCCGUCACCACCAGUCACGGAGCCAUCGCCGUCACUGGAACUACUUUGGCCAAGACCUCUGCUGUCACUCGAACCACCGCCGCUGCCUCGGGCACUAGGAGUCCUCUUGCUGCUACUGGCGCUGCCGUGAAGGGUGCGUCCUUCUGGAUGGGCAGCGCUCUGUUGGGCCUCGGCGCGGUUGCCGUUGCGCUUUAA